CAUAACAUUCCUACAACACAAACCUUCAUUUAAAUUACACAUUCUCACACCAUUUUGCUUUCUCACAGCACCACCAUAACCAGAUCCAGUUAUGAGCACACACACCAAAACCAACGUCGUCGAUGGGGUGCACACCGAUGUCAAGGUCGUGGAAACCCCAACCAAAGAAAUUCCCUACCAUCUCUUGAUGCGCUUUCUUGCCCUCUCUCUCACUCUUGUUGCAACCAUCGUUGUUGGUGUAGACAAUCAGACCAAAGUCAUCUCCUACGCUGAAAUGAAUUUCAGAGCCUCUGCUAAGUGGGAAUAUAUGUCUGCCAUGGUGUUUUUCGUGGUGUCAAACGCAAUAGCAUGCUCGUAUGCAGCUGCAUCAUUGGUGAUAACAGUGAUGGCGAGAAGCGGUGGAAGAAGGAAAAGCGAUUUGACAGAUUUGGUGAUAACAGGUUUGGACCUUGUGCUGAUGGCAGUGUUGUUCUCGGCGAAUGGUGCAGCAUGUGCAGUGGGAGUGAUAGCACAGAAGGGUAACACGCACGUGCAGUGGAUGAAAGUGUGCGAUGUGUUUGACGCGUAUUGCCGCCACAUGACAGCUGCAUUGGUGCUCUCCAUUAUUGGGUCGUCGGUGUUUCUGUUGCUGGUGCUGCAUUCUGUUGUGAAACUCCAUUGCAGAUCAAGAAGCUAGAGAUUGAGAUUGUAGUGUGGUAUAUUUAAUUUAUGAUGGGUGUGUUAGUGGUUAAAUUGAAUGUGGUUCGUGUGUUUGUAGUGAUACACUUUAGCAGAGAUGGUAGGUGGAUUUAUUUAAUAGCAGUAACAGUAAAUAUAGGUAGCUAUUACUUUAUUACUUUGUUUCUGAAUGCAUGACAAAGCUAUUUCGCUUUGAAAAGUAAGUAAAUGCAGUAACGAGUCUAGCUACCAAGAUCAUUAUGCAA